AUCGGGGCAGCGGCGCCGGGCGGGAGGCGGCGGGCGGAGGGCAGGGCAGGGCAGCGCAGGGCGGCCCCGGGCCGCAGCGGCUCCUUCCCGGGGCUGCAGCGGCUCCUUCCCGGGCCGGAGCGCCUCCCGGCGGCGGGGCCCGCAGCCCGGCCUGCUCGCCAUGAACAUCGACGUGGAGUUCCACAUCCGCCACAACUACCCCUGGGCCCGGCUGCCCGCCAGCGUCAGGCAGGGUCUUGGAAACUCCCAGAGGGAAUAUGAAAGGCAAGUCGUACUCUACAGCAUCCGCAAUCAGUUGCGGUACCGGAAUAACUUAGUUAAGCAUGUCAAGAAAGAUGAACGUAAAUAUUACGAAGACCUGUUAAAAUACAGUCGAGAUCAUCUCAUGUUGUACCCGUAUCAUUUGUCUGACAUCAUGGUAAAAGGUCUGAGGGUAACACCGUUUUCCUAUUACACAGGCAUCAUGGAGGAUAUAAUGAACAGUGAAAAAAGCUAUGAUUCUUUACCCAACUUCACUGCUGCUGACUGUCUAAGACUUCUUGGCAUAGGAAGAAACCAGUAUAUUGAUCUAAUGAACCAGUGUAGGUCUUCAAAAAAAUUUUUCAGAAGGAAAAGUGCCCAUGAUCUGUUACCCGUGAAGCCCGUGGAGAUCUCCAUCGAGGCGUGGUGGGUUGUGCAGGCUGGUUACAUCACUGAGGAUGACAUCAAGAUUUGUACUACAUCAGAGAAGUCUGCUAUUGAUAAGAUAAUUGAUUCAGGUCCUCAACUUGCUGGUUCAUUAGACUUCAAUGUAGUUCACAGUUUGUAUAACAAAGGAUUUAUUUACCUUGAUGUACCAAUAUCUGAUGACAGCUGUAUUGCAGUGCCACCACUUGAAGGUUUUGUGAUGAACAGAGUGCAAGGUGAUUACUUUGAAACACUACUGUACAAGAUAUUUGUUUCAAUAGAUGAACAUACUAAUGUGGCAGAGCUGGCAAACGUGUUAGAGAUCGACUUAUCUUUAGUAAAGAAUGCUGUGUCCAUGUACUGUCGGUUAGGCUUCGCUCAUAAAAAAGGCCAAGUAAUAAACCUGGAUAAUCUUCAUCCAUCAUGGAAGAAUGUUCCUUCAGUAAACAGACUGAAGAGUACUUUGGAUCCUCAAAAGAUGCUGCUUUCAUGGGACAGUGCGGAAAACAGAAGUCCUGUACAGGAAGCUGGGUCAUCAGCCACAGAUACAGAUACCAACAGUCAAGAUGAUCCAGCUGAAACAGCCAGUGUGAGCAGCCUGAACUUGUCCAGUGGACACACGAAGCGCAUUGCCUUCCUGUUUGAUUCUACUCUCACUGCCUUUUUAAUGAUGGGAAAUCUCUCACCAAACUUGAAGAGUCAUGCAGUCACUAUGUUUGAAGUUGGGAAACUGUCAGAUGAGAGUCUUGACAGCUUCUUGGUGGAGCUGGAAAAGGUUCAAAGCACAGGAGAGGGGGAGGCACAGCGAUACUUCGAUCAUGCCCUUACGCUGAGAAACACAAUCCUGUUUUUGCGGCACAAUAAAGACCUGGGGGCACAAGCUGUACAGCCUGAUCAACCAAAUAAUGGGUUUCCCUUGGACCUGUUACGAUGUGAGAGUUUGCUUGGUUUGGAUCCAGCGACCUGCAGCAGAGUUCUCAACAAAAAUUACACUCUGCUGGUUUCCAUGGCACCACUCACCAAUGAAAUUCGACCUAUUAGCAGCUGUACACCCCAGCAUAUUGGGCCUGCAAUACCAGAAGUCAGUUCAGUCUGGUUCAAACUGUAUAUAUACCAUAUAACUGGACAAGGACCACCCUCCCUCUUGCUCUCUAAAGGAACACGUCUUCGAAAACUCCCAGAUGUUUUUCAGGGUUAUGAUCGCUUACUAAUAACAUCUUGGGGUCACGACCCAGGAGUAGUUCCUACUUCAAAUGUGCUCACAAUGUUGAAUGAUGCUUUAACUCAUUCUGCUGUUCUAAUUCAGGGUCAUGGCAUGCAUGGAAUGGGAGAAACAAUGCACAUACCUUUCCCUUUUGAUGAAGCUGAGCAACAGGGAGACUUCUCUCGUGUGAACAUGGGCAUUCAUACAGCUUUAAAAAUACUGAGAAACAAAGUGGACUUGCAGCAUUUUUGUGGCUAUGUCACAAUGUUGAAUCCUUCAAGUCAACGUGCUAACAGAAAGCUGAGUGAUGCUUCUGAUGGAAGAGGAGAGACUGAACUGGCAUCAGGAUCUGAUGUAAAUGGGAGCACAGAAUCAUUUGAGAUGGUAAUAGAAGAACCCUCAAUGGAUUCUGCAGUCAAGCAAAGCCUUGAAGUACCCACAACUGAACUGGAAUGGGUUCCCCUGGAAUUAUGCUUCGGCAUUCCACUUUUCAGUUCCGAGUUGAAUCAGAAAGUCUGCAGAAAAAUCGCCACUCAUGGAUUAUGUAGAAAAGAAAGCCUUCAAAAACUCCUACAUUCCAGUAGAAAGCUGUCUCUUCAGGUCCUUAAUUUUGUUCAUUCAUUCCAGGAAGGUGUUUCAGCGCUGGAUCAGCUCCAUGAUGCUGGUUCUUCAAGUUCACUUCUGCAGCCAAUUUCUGCAGACAUGGGGGUUCCUCUUCCUGCCAAGAAUCUCAUGUUCAAGGAAGGUGUAUUGUCUGAAUGGAAUGGAUGGGCCCCUUCCUCAGUUUUUUUCAACCACACCUAGGGAACAGGUCAAAUAGAGGUUCUUGUGCAUUGAUCACUAAAUGCCUUUCUUCUAUUACGGUUAAUUCCUAGUGCCAACCACUAAGAAGUGUUCUGCUGCUGCAGCAUAUCCUGUGUAAAAGUAGUGUUACAGAAAUGUGUUGUGUUGCAGUAUUGGGGAAGUACUUAAACUGUCUAGAACUUGUUACUCAUUACUGCAUAUCUUGCUGCAACAGAGAGCUUUUUAGCUGUCAGCACUAUUUUUAUCUUGAGACAAUCUUUCUUUUAUAACUAAACAUGCCCUUUCUAGGCUUUCUGAUGAUUGUUAAAUUUCUAUGCUGUCACCACGAUAUUGCAAUAGUAGUUUUCUAUGUUCGUUACUCAGACAUAAAUUCUGUUUAGUUUUGUACUGUAUUACUGAAAACUUUUCUGUAUAAAGGUAAGAGAUUUGGCUCUUCCUCUGAAAGCUCAGUAAUACCAACUGAUUAAAUAAAAGUAUCAUGAUGAUAUGGGGCAUUAAGGAUUGUUGAAUUCUGUAGUUCAGUACAAUGGAAGAAGGCUGAGAUAGGACUCAAUGUCCUGCUGAUGACCUAAGGCCACUUUGAAGAUCAGUGGUGCACUUCCAUCUCUUUCAGUAUAUGGUGGAGGUACGGAACUGUGGAAGAUCUGAGGUGGUUAUCUCUGUUUGCAGAGUUCUUAAUGAUAAUGGAUUCAUCCUCCUCUUGGUACGAAAUCAGGAGUGUCUGAGAUUUGAUCCCACUGGGAGUCUUUUGCUGUAAUUUGAAGCUGGUGAUGAUUCCUGUGGGCAUAAAUUGAGUUUUAAGGUAGAUGACUAGUUAUGUCCUGUUGAUUAAUGUUUGAAAGAACAGAGCUCUUAAUUUUGCACAUCAGUUGUUAGCAAAGGAAGAUAACAGCAGAGGAUGUGAAGACAGAAAAUUCAGUGAAUGUGUGUUCCUUGAACUAUUAGCUGUUGAUCAUGAAAAGAAUUAACAGUAAGCUUUU